AUGGUAGCUUUCAAAUGCCGGAAAGAAAAACUGAUUUCCACUCCUAUCAUCAUUAGUCCUGAUUGGUCAGAGCCAUUUGAAGUAAUGUGUGAUGCAAGCGGUACAAAAGUGAUUAUUCACACUGAUCAUGAUGCAUUGCGUUAUCUAAUGGCAAAGAAAGACGCCAAACCAAGAUUGAUAAGGUGGGUGCUUUUAUUGCAAGAAUUUAACUUUGAGGUCAAAGAUAGAAGAGGUUGUGAAAAUCAGGUGGCUGAUCAAUUUUCAAGAUUGGAAGGCAGGGAGAAUGACGUGCUGGAGAUCGAUAUAAACGAUAUUUUUCCCGAUGAACAGGUAUUCACGGUAACCCUCACACAACCCUCUUUGUAUGCUAAUUUUGCAAAUUAUUUAGUGUGUGGAGUAGUGGCAGACGAACUGAACUUCUACCAACAAAAGAGGUUCAUGUUCGAUGUUAAGAAAUACUUUUGGGAUGAACCAUAUUUAUUUAGAGAGUGUACUGACCAUAUAAUUAUAAGAUGUGUUCUGAAAGAAGAAGCUAUUGAGAUCCUGCAUGCAUGCUUUUCACGCUUCGCUGGUUGGAGGUUAUCACAGUGGUGUAUGAACAGCAGCUAA